UGCUUGUGGUAGCCAAUGGCAUCCCAAAAAGAUGAAUCUAGUGCAAAGUGGACCGACUCUUUAACCAACCUCUUUAUAAGUUUGAUGGUGGAAGAGGUAAAAAAAGGAAACCACACCUCUUGUACUUUCAACAAAGUGGGGUGGAAAACCAUACGGGCUGAAUUCACUACUCAGACAGGACUUGAAUAUAAGCAAGCACGGAUGAAGAACAAGAUGAACAGAUUGAGAAGAGAUUUUGGUAGUUUUAAGAAGCUGCUUUCACAAUCCGGAUUUGGCUGGGAUUAUGUAAAUAAAGUAGUUGUUGUCGAUGAUCCAAGUAUAUGGGAAAAACACAUCAAGGAAAAUAAUGAGUGGGCAAAGUUUAAGAAGGAUGGGUUUCCUCAAUAUUCCGAGCUGUCUAUUAUAUUUGGUGAUACCUAUGCUCUCGGGGAGGAAGCAAGAGGAAAUGUGGAAGAUUUGAUGGUGUCGGAGGAAGGUGACAAUCGUGGCAAUCAUGCAGACGAUGAUCCAAACGAAUUUGGUGAACAUCCCAUUGAUCAUGGAGUCUUUACAAGUGGACAACACAACUUGGAUAUGACUCCAAAUAGCAAGAGGAGAAGAAAGAGUAUCGCUUCUGAUGUUGCCAAUACCUGCAAAGUCUUACAAGAGAUGAUGAAAUCUAGGGCAAGUCAACAGAGUGACUCUGCUGCCACCUCACAAGUCACAUCAUCGCCUGUAGACCCCUUUUUCGUAUCUGCUGUGAUUGAGGUCCUACUUAGCAUGCCCGAGGUGGAUUCGGAUCUUUACCACAAAGCAUUGGAACGAGCAAUGGAUAGUGCCACAUGGAGGGAGGCUUUCAUCCAAACUCCAACCGAGAUGAGAAAUGGACUUCUCCAACGUCUUUAGUAGAUGUUGGAAAAUGUGUUGGGGAUUGCGUGGGAUUUUUUGUUUGGUUUCAUUUUACUAUAUGACUUAUGAUG